GGAAUUGCAAUACAAUUUUACAAAGGAGGAAGAGAAGAAAUAAAGAAACAACUGCAAACUGUAAACCAAGUCAAAAUGGAAGGGCGGGCUUUCAGUUAGUCUAGUCUCAGCCUCUCUCCCAUUGACACUGUCGGUAGGUUGGUUGGUGGUGGGCUCUUUUAAUUAACUUCUAUAGAACAAGAGCAACGUCACAAUUCUCUUCUUCUCAGUUCCAAGUCCAACAACUGCCACUCUUCGACUAAGACAUAAAACACCAUAUUUCCAAUUUCCACCAAAUAACAGGGAAGGGAGGGCAGAGUCGGAGUGGAAUGGGAGCGCGCUGCUUCUGCCCCUGUUUCGACUUCGACGACCACUACAAUCGCAAUGCCCAAACCGAGCUCGACCCCGUCCUACUCGUGUCCGGCAUCGGAGGCUCCAUUCUGCAUUCCAAGAGGAAGAAGCUCGGGUUCGACACCCGGGUUUGGGUUCGGAUCCUACUGGCCGACUUGGAGUUCAAGAAGAAGCUCUGGUCUGUCUAUAAUCCCCAAACAGGUUAUACAGAAACACUAGACAAAGACACUGAAAUUGUGGUCCCGGAUGACGAUUAUGGGCUAUACGCAAUUGAUAUUCUAGAUCCUUCUUGGUUUGUGAAAUGCAUACAUUUGAAAGAGGUAUACCAGUUCCAUGAUAUGAUUGAUAUGCUAGUGGGAUGUGGGUAUAAGAAAGGAACCACUUUGUUUGGAUAUGGCUAUGAUUUCCGACAAAGCAAUAGAAUUGACAAGUUAAUGGAAGGUCUUAAGGUGAAAUUGGAAACUGCUUACAAGGCUUCUGGGGGUAGAAAAGUAAAUAUAAUUUCGCAUUCAAUGGGUGGACUGCUAGUCACAUGUUUUAUGUCCCUCCAUAAUGACGUAUUUUUGAAGUAUGUGUGUAAAUGGAUUUGCAUAGCUUGCCCUUUUCAAGGUGCACCAGGAUGCAUCAAUGACUCUCUCUUAACUGGAUUGCAGUUUGUUGAAGGCUUGGAGAGCUACUUUUUCGUAUCAAGGUGGACUAUGCACCAGCUGUUGGUUGAGUGCCCAUCAAUCUAUGAGAUGCUGGCAAAUCCUAAAUUUGAUUGGAAAGAGCUGCCAGAAAUUCAGGUUUGGAGGAAGCAUUCUAAGGAUGGGGAAACUUUUGUGGAUCUGGAGUCUUAUGGCCCAAUUGAAAGCAUACCUUUGUUUGAAGAAGCAUUGAAACAUAAUGAGCUAAGUUAUGAUGGUAAAACGGUUGCUUUGCCAUUUAACUUUUCUAUUCUCAGAUGGGCUGCUGAGACUCGCCAGGUUUUAAACAAUGCUAAACUACCAGAUGGAGUCUGCUUCUAUAACAUUUAUGGAACAUCAUUCGACACACCUUUUGAUGUUUGCUAUGGUUCGAAGACAUCUCCAAUUGAGGACUUGUCUGAAAUAUGCCAUUCAAUGCCUCAAUAUUCUUAUGUGGAUGGAGAUGAAACAGUUCCGGCUGAGUCAGCAAAGGCAGAUGGAUUUGCUGCAGUUGAAAGAGUAGCAAUAGCUGCAAGACACAGGGAACUAUUGCGUGAUAAAACAGUUUUUCAACAUAUCCAAAGGUGGUUGGGAGUUGAACAGAGGGUCAUCAUAUGUUCUAAGACAUCCAGAGUUGCAGAUGCCUCUUCAAAAUAAGCGCGUGAAUGAGUGAAAUCCUUUUCUGCUUGAAAAGGGACACUUGUUUCACAUAUUUAUGUUCAAGUUAUAAAUAACUGUGAUAGCACCAUAAACUUGAACUGAAUUCGUUAUUGCUGGGCCUUAUUUGUUAUUUGAAUGAAUGGUAGUCUUGGUGUACGGAGAGCAUGUUUCCUUGAACAAUUACUCUAAAGCACAUUACAUACACUAAACAGGCUGCAUUAUGCUCA